AUGGCCACGAAACCUAAGGCUCAGCCCCCUCCUCAGACCCUGGACCCAUAUUCCAUCCAACGAGGCACCUACGCCCGCUACUGGCCAACAACGUUCUUCUUCCUCCUCGGUCGCGCCAUCCCCGGGCCUCUUUCCUGGUUCAGCAUCUCCCUCCACCCACUGCGCUACCUCUUCCCUAACCUCCCCACUCCGCCUCCGGGAAAUCCCCCCAUGCACCUCCUUAGCAACCAAUAUCCACGCAUCCCCUUCCUCUUCGCGGCCAUGCCCGCCAUCUUAGCGAUCAAAUACACCCUCUGGAUCCUCCUCCUCGUGCGCGAGCCCCUCACACCCCAAUUCGCGCUCUUCGGCGUCCUCGCCAACCUCCUUUACGAAGGCAUCGUCAGCACCCUGGUCUUCACCACCACCGCGUUGAACCCAUUCUGGUCGGAGCGGGUUUUCUACGCGAGUUUCGCGGUGUAUGUGUGCAGUGUUUGGAUUGAAUUGUUAGCCGAACUACAGCGAUGGCAGUUCAAGCGCGAUCCGAGGAAUGGAGGGAAACUAUGUACGCAGGACUUUUGGGGCGUAACGCGACAUAUCAACUGA